GACUCUGUCUAAAAAAAAAAAUUAAUAUUUAACAAGCAUUUCUUUUGUUUCAACAAAAUCUUGAACAGUACAGCAAAUCUUUGUAAAUCUUUUCCUUACUUAAUCAACAAACAUUGGUAAAGAACACAGAUUAUGACGUUCAUUGUCUUCUAUUUCUUUUAGCAGUUCCAUUAACUAGCAUUCAUCCAUUACACUGAACAGUUCAACAAUAGCAUCUGUAACACUUUUCAAGUUUGCUUCAGAAAACACAACAUAGAUACCAUGCAGUGGAAUGAAGGAUUCCAUGGAAAGUGGGAGACCACCUGAUCCUGCAGACUGGGCUGUGAUGGAUGUCGUCAAUUAUUUCCGAACUGUGGGAUUUGAGGAGCAAGCUAGUGCUUUUCAGGAACAGGCACCACAGGUAAUCGGGCAAGUGGUCCAGAGCCCUCCUCCCAAAACUCUGUCUUAGGAGAAAUAGAGACACAAGCCCUCCCCUUUUCUAUGAAUCCUGAGAAUUGUGAACAGUUCUACUGCAACCAUACAGAACUUUCUGAUGACUUUGCAAAGCAUUUAAUGAUUCAGCACAGAGGCAUCCGGAGUCACGCUGGCAUGUUGUGACAGAAUAGCACAAUUACAUGGGAUCCAUCUCAUUCUGAAAAUGCCCAAAUAGCGAACAGAACAGGUAAAUGGAAUCAAACGUCAGAGCCAGCAUAGCCUGAGAGCACCUUGAAACUCAGAUUCCACAAUCUAUGGAGAAAGUGUUCUGUUGUGGCAUGAAAAAAAUGAAACAGAAAAUGAUGGCAAGACUUCUAAGAACAUCUUUUGUUUUGCUCUUUCUUGGCCUCUUUGGGGUGCUGGGGACAGCAACAAUUUCAUGCAGAAAUGAAGAAGGGAAAGCUGUGGACUGGUUUACCUUUUAUAAGUUACCUAAAAGACAAAACAAGGAAAGUGAAGAGACUGGGUUAGAGUACCUGUACUUAGACUCUACAACUAGAAGCUGGAGGAAGAGUGAGCAACUAAUGAAUACCACCAAGAGUGUUUUGGGAAGGACAUUACAACAGCUAUAUGAAGCCAAUGCCUCCAAGAGUAACAACACAGCCUAUCUAAUAUACAAUGAUGGAGUCCCUAAAUCUGUGAAUUACAGAAGGAAGUAUGGACACACCAAAGGUUUACUGCUGUGGAACAAAGUCCAAGGGUUCUGGCUGAUUCAUUCUAUUCCUCGGUUUCCUCCAAUUCUGGAAGAAGGCUAUGAUUAUCCACCCACAGGGAGACGAAAUGGACAAAGUGGCAUCUGCAUAACUUUCAAGUACAACCAGUAUGAGGCAAUAGAUUCUCAGCUCUUGGUCUGCAACCCAAAUGUCUAUAGCUGUUUCAUUCCGGCCACCUUUCACCAGGAGCUCAUUCACAUGCCCCAGCUGUGUACAAGGGCCAGCUCAUCAGAGAGUCCCAGCAGGCUCCUCACCACACUUCAGUCAGCCCAGGGACAAAAAUUCCUCCAUUUUGCAAAGUCUGAUUCUUUUCUUGACGACAUCUUUGCAGCCUGGAUGGCUCAACGGCUGAAGACACACUUGUUAACAGAAACCUGGCAGCGAAAAAGACAAGAGCUUCCUUCAAACUGCUCCUUUCCUUACCAUGUCUACAAUAUCAAAGCAAUUAAGUUAUCACGACACUCUUAUUUCAGUUCUUAUCAGGAUCAUGCCAAGUGGUGUAUUUCCCAAAAGGGCACCAAAAAUCACUGGACAUGUAUUGGAGAUCUAAAUCGGAGUCCACACCAAGCCUUCAGAAGUGGAGGAUUCAUUUGCACCCAGAAUUGGCAUAUUUACCAAGCAUUUCAAGGAUUAGUAUUAUAUUAUGAAAGCUGUAACUAAACUUGGUGAAAGGACACAUGUACUGUCAUGAAAACCUUGACAAUGGGUUUUUUCCAUUACUCCUUCUUUAUAUUUUAAAAGCCUGUUUAUAUACUCAUAACCUGCAUAUCACAAAUAGAACACUUUUCCCUCAUGUUUACCAUUUA